AUGGCUAACUCUAUCGUGGUGGUGGACCCGGUGUCGCAGAAGGUGGUAACGAAGAUCAACCAGACGUCGCAAGGCGCCCCCGCGCCCUUCCCCAACUCCUGCCCCGGCCACCCCAUGCAAGGCACGUGGAACCGGCACACGACGGGAAUCGAUCAGCAGACCAUCUUCAUCACCGCCAGCUUCCAGCAGCCCACGCCGCUACGAUUGCCGGGGUUGUCGGACAUGGUGCUCGUCGUCAACACGUCGUCGCAGAGCGUCGCAGCGUCCGUCGCCGUGCCCGACAUCCCCAACGACAUCGUCUUCGUGCCUGAAGUGGUGAGUGCUGACGUGGUGUGGAUUGGGGAGGGGAUCGGCUUCGCCCCGUCCUCCGCAUCCCGCUCCCGCCCCGCUUAUCAAUCUCUCCCCACCCCGCCACUCAGCACCGCUUUCAACCUCUUCACCUCUGUGCCGUCCCCCACCAUUCCUUCCAAUUCCUGCCCAUUUUCGCCCAUCCCCAUCCCUUUCUUUCCCCCCAUUUAUCCACCCGUCCAACCGGCCGCAGCGCUGAACGGCAAGGCGUUUCAGACGGCGUCGCAGAUGCCGGGCGUGUUCUCGCUGAACCUCUUCACGCAGUCGACCGACGUGCCGUUCCUCGACUUCACCCAGGCCAUGCUGCAGUCCGAGCCCUGGCUGCCGCCCGACACGCCCAUCUACUGCCCCGCGACGCGCGAGGCGGUGUAUUCGGCGGUGAAUCGGCGUGCGUACGUGUCGUGCGCCAAGGCGGGCAGCCCGCCCGACCCCAACGCGCCCGAACCGGGGAUCGUCGAGAUCGCGGGCGACGACAGCGUGCCCGUGGGGUACCUCAACUUCAAGGUGGGCGAGGGGGGAGGCGAGUUGAAAAGGCAGGGCGGGGGUGAAUCGGGUGUGAUCCGCAGGGAGCAGAUGCGUCCAUGCCACCCCUCACUGCACCGUCUCAUCGCAUCUCAUCCGUGCGUUCCCUCCGUGUGUCCCUCCCAGGUGGACAGGCUGUACCUGAUGCCAGAUGAGACGUUCCUGCUGGCCGUGGACAGUCGGGCAAACGCUCACAUCCCUCAAGCUCGCACCCUCUUGUCUCAUCCUUGCCUCCCACUUCCGUGCGUCCCUCCGCGCCCCCCUCGCGCCCCCCUCGUUGUCCCCUUCCUUUCCCCCUCCCAGGCGGACAGGCUGUACCUGACCCCGGAUGAGACUUUCCUGCUGGCGGUGGACAGCGGCGCGGGGGUGAUCCGCAUGGUGCAGAUGCUGCCGGGCGUGGGCAGCGACCAGGUGUUCUCGCUGCAGUGGCCUGACGUCACUCUGCCGCCCAACUCCAUGCCCGACAAGAUCCUCUUCUACCCCAAGGUCAGCACCGUAGGCCCCCAGUGCCUUGACUCGAGCCUUCUCAUACCUUGGAACCUCCUCUGCUCUGCUCCCACCAUGCCACUCACUCCAUCUCCUCCAUGCCCACCACCUCUGUCGCCUCCCUCGCCUUCUCCCCUCUCUCAGGGGCUGUUCUACGGCAUGUUCUACGUGGCGCUGGUGUCGCUGGUGCUCAAGGACAGCACGGCAGUGAUCGAUUUCAACAAGCUGCUCGCGUGUGGCGCGCAGUGCCCUCAAGACAACAUCGCUGCCGCCCUCACCUUCAUUAACACCGGUUAUCAUGUGGCGCCACGUGCCAACAUGGAUUUGAGCAUAUCGUCGCGGAGCUUGGCAGUGGGGCAUCAGUUUGUGUGCGUGGCAGCCAAUCACGACAAGGCGGUGCACUGUAGCAACCUUGUCAACCCGGCGAACAACAAGAUCUACACCAACAUGUUUGACGUGCAAGAUAUAGUGUUCGUGGAGGGCAAGUAUCCGGGCGACCAGUCGUUCAUCCGCCCCAUCGACAUCACCUUCGACUGCUCCUCCGCACCCACCACGCUAGACAAGCCACCACCACCCCCCUCGCCCUUGGACCUCGCCGUUGCCGCGCACUUGAGAGGCUCCUAA